CGAGCACGCGCGCUGACAGAAACGCACGCGCGCUUCAUUAAAGCGAGCUCAGCUGCAGUCAGUUCUAUUCAAGUUUCUCCGGCGGACAGAAGGAUGAACUUGGCUCUUUUUAAAGAUUGAAAACUGCUAUUCAUCCACGUUACACACACUUUUCGACUAGUUUCAGUAUUGCCUACGUCAUAUUUUAGAACAGCAAAAUAUUCUUUAUGGAAUUAACUGUGGGGACGGAUUCCUUCCUGGAAUGUUUUGGCUCGCAAAAUGUUUCGUUUUGUCUAUGUUUUGUUAUUUAUUUUCGCUCCAGGUAACACCUUGUUAAACUUGAGGCAAGACUGUGGAGGUAAAAUUCUUGGAGAGAGGAGCGGCUCAAUCCGAUACUCUUUACACCCAGACAGCCUUUUAUUUAACAGAAUAAACAACGGAAGCACAGACAAACUGUUGGUUGUUUCCUGCACUUGGAUUAUUGAUGCACAUAAAAACCAAACUGUUUGGAUAGAUGUCAUUUCUGUUGGGAAAGGUGCUAUCGGGAUUCAGUUUGGAAAUGGAGAUACAAUGAUUUAUGAAAAAGAGGAACGGGCGUUAUUCUCUGGCACUGGGAGAACCAUCAUUGAAUGGAGCUUGAGAAGGACUGACAAACCCCUUGCCACAUUAUAUCUGAGAUGGAACGCGUCAGAGGUCAGUCACACUCUUUCUUUGAUUCCUUACACCCACCCAGUGUUUCCCUCUCCGAGUGGCUCAAAUGAUGCAACCUACACCCCAGACAUUCCAGUGAGCAGCAAUGCAGCCCCCAAAACACACACUCUCAGGGGCGAGAAUAUACGGCAGGGCGGAGGUGUGUCUGACCUGGCCGAUAAGCACAGACCCCUCUUUCCGCAGGAAAUCACCAACAAUGGACAGGAAACGGCUGGACCCUGGAUCUCCGACCUCACACUCGCUGGCACACAUUCUUAUUUUGAUACGCACACCAACUCUGCCCUUGACACACACAUGAACACAUUCAUCGGGUCGUCCCAUGAACCUUCUUUGGCUCCCGCUGAAAUACAAUCACCAUUGCUGUCUGUCCAAACUACAGCCACACAGGCAACUGAUGUUGCGACAAAAACAAGUGCACUUUUAGCCAACACUGACGUUGCACACACUGAAUUGCAUAGAGGAAGUUCACACUCACAGCAUACAUAUACACAUGGAAUUAACUCCAUUCAGUCCAAAAUGGCUAAAAGAGGUCAUCCAAGUUCAAUAUUUCCGACUUCCAGCUUUAUUACAGCAAGUCCACGAAACAUUCAGCCAUUUGACAAAACUUCUAAACAUAAAGACUUCCUUAGUGACACUGUUUACAAGGCUAAAGCUACAACAGUGACGGAUGCGUUUACAAUAUCCGAGAACGUCGGAACGAGUCAUGCGACUUUUUGGAGUUCGAACACAGUCACAGAUGAUGACCAGCCUUAUGUAUCGGAAAUGGACAGGACGGAUCGCUCUCCAAGGUCAACUAAUCAAAAUCAAACAAUCUACGAUGAUUCGGUACUCACUCGUAUUACGCCUGCUACAGUAUCAAAGUUUCCAACCGUUAAUCAAACCAAUCCAUUAGCAUUUUCUGAUAGUGACACAACUGAAUACUCGGGUUACUCCACAUCUCCAAGUGGAAUAAGUGAGCCGACAAUAAAUCUUACCACUGAGAAGGAGCCAACAACCUCAAGAGAGUUCAUGCAUACUACACUUGCAACUUUAACUUUUUCGGAAGCAUCAACCACUCGCAUCUCACACACACACAAUACAAGUUCCCAAGAAACCAGUUCUGAUCUCACCACACGUAACAAUAACGAAAUCAGUGCCUUCACCACUUUUCCAACUACCAUCCCUCCAAACCUGACUCCUACUAAAAGUCCUAGUCCACCAGAAGAGGAUGAGGGUCAGUCACCAUCUGGAAGUGAUUGUCUCAGUCGUGCAUGCACCUCGUAUUUACCAUCUACAGUACGAGGAGAACAAGAAAGUCCCAUCACAAACCCUCCGUCAAUCUCUUUGUCGAGUUCUACAAGUCCUCAGAUUAGUCCUAACGUGACAUCUGACCUCAUGGUUGAAGAUCGCACUACAUAUUUGAGAUUUGAGAACCACACAGAUGUAGAGAAACCUGAAGUGUCAAGUAUGCAUACUGAAUUCCCUAUAUACACGUUCACAACUCCGUAUACAAUUCCAUCUUCUGAAAACACACAGAGCAAUGUGGGAUUUUCUGAUGCGACUGUUAUCAACAAGAUGAGUAGUGGUCCAACAGUAGGUGGGAGUCCUACUCAGACUAGUGUGACAAGUUCGAAGACAACACUUGGUUUAUCGCCAUUUAAUGACAUUCAUAAUGGAUCAACAAAAAACACUAAUGGCUUUACUGCCGACGCUACCAUACCAUUGAGUACUUCAUCAUCUGACAUCACAGCUCCCUACAUCUCUCAGGUCAGUACUGAUCCUGGCUUUCAGACGACCCCACCUGUUAGUACGACUACUACACAUUGGGAAACCAGUCAGACCUCUGCGGCGAACCCACCUUCGAUAAGUACACAUGCCACAUCCACAGAAACGACUUCAGCCCGGGUCCAUACGAGGCCUCAGCCCAGCACUGUCAGACCUCCCCAACAUAUGACCACAAGCUCUUAUCUUAUUCAAACAAAAGCACACACAGUAUCUACUCAAGUAGUCACCCAAACAUCGCAGAUCAUUUCUACUGCAUCCAGCUUUGACAGGAAGUGGCCACACGGACGGCAUUAUUUCAUAGUGGAGGACCAGCCGGCUAUCAUCAAGGAGAAAACAUUUCGAGUACUCUUACAAAUCAUCCUGGAAGGGGAUUAUGUCCCUAGUCUGAGACUGCUUGAGGUGGAGACAUUUCUUCAGAGACUUUCUGGAUUUAAGAAUCAACAUGUGACCUGGCACAGCGGUCCAGUUCUGCAAACUGUAGUUCAAUUCCAAACAGUGGAAGCGCUCUCCUGGCUGGGAAGGGUGGAGUCUCUAUUACAGGAGGCGGGGUUAAACCCACUACCAAAGAAAGGAAUAUUUGUGGGAGGAGUUAGAGUGAAAAAUAUCACUGUGGGAGGUUUGCAGUCAGAUAUUUGUGAAUGGUUGUUUGAAUGUCCAUCAGGGUUCCAGUGUGUUUCUUCAAAGAGUAAUACCACAUGUACAUCUGUGUGCCACUCUGAAUACUGUAAACAUCAGGGCAUCUGUGUCCAUCGCCUCGGGCAACAGCCUAUGUGCCAGUGUCCUGUCGGGGAGGAUUACUGGUUUAUGGGGCAGCGCUGUGACCUCCACAUGACCCGACCGCGUUUGGUGGGCGUGUGUUUUGGGGUACUGGUCGCUGUCACUACAGUCAUGGCUCUUCUGUCUUAUCUCGCAGUGCGCCGUUUUAAAAGCAAGCUUAUGCAAGCCAAAGUGGAACAAACACGCAGCAGUUAUCGCAGAUUCAAUCACUUUGAUGAGCUUUCGGCUCGUUUUUGGGGAAGGUCCUGGCCAGGCUCUGAGGACUCGUUGGAUAACCCUGCCUUCACCCGCUCAGAUGAAUUACUACAUCUGAGGGCACUUGAUCGUACCUGCUGUUACCACGAUGACACUCUUUCUGUGGUAUCCACAUACCACGGAAGUGGAACACACCUCAACACCAUAUAUCCACAUGGUUCUCAGUAUGGUUGGGAUCUCAGCAACUGCAGCUUGGCGGAUGGUGUGAUGGAUUCUGGGAAGGCUAGUGACCUGUCGGUGUGUAGCUGGCCGAUCGAGCCGAUUCAAUGGACGCCAUUCCCUUUACUGCAGCAGCUCACCAGGAAUACAACUACGGUGAAAGCAUCCCGUCCUCGAUCCUACUGUGAAGGAAUGGAACUUGAAGAUUUAGAGAAGAGCUGGACAGCUUAACAGAGAUUCAGAAAAACAGUACAACUUCUGGCCAAGUGUGAAAAUAUUUCAACUGUUUAAGGAACACCAUUGUUGUACCAUAUAGAACCAUCUAAAUAAAAUGUCUUUUAACUAAUAAAAAAUACUUUUUUUUUUU